AUGACGUUGAAAAGGUCGUACGAGGACGCUGUCCAAGACGGCUUCUCGGCAACCCGUGACGACACGGCCGACGCCUGCCACGACGAUCACUCCCAGGGCACCUCCAACGGCAAGCAGCGUCGACUCAGCACCGUCGAUGCCGAUGCCGGCUGCGCCACCGCAUCCACAUCCACGCGUCCAAAGGCGCUCCCAAGCACUUCGAGAGCUCGCUUCGUGCCCGGUCUGCAGACGUUUGUCGGUGGUCUACAGAUGUCGCAAGGCUUGGCCGGACCAUCUUCGUCCACACCACCUCCACCCUUGCCUCCCACUACCCGACGCUCUCUCGAUGCGCCCGACGCCAUGCAGCCGCUCAUGAUGAGCCGCAAUCGUGAUUCAGAACGCAGAAGCAGCCAAGGCGCGUUGCGUCGCCGCUCACAAGAAGCGCUCGAAGCCACCAUUCGACGCUCCUCUCGGUCGAUUCAGGAUGAUGCGCAGCUGGUGCCCGGUGUAUCGCCCGGUUGGCAUGUCGAAGCUCAUGGUCGUCAAGCCAUGGAGCUCCAAGACGGCGUUCGGUUCCAAGACGAAGCUGGCUGGUCCCCGCUCGAUGCCUUCCCCGCCGCCACGCGCCAGGGCAAGCUCGCCGUGCGGCGUUUCAAGCUGCGUCAACGCCAGCAGAGGCAGUCCAAACACUGCCAAAGAUCGCCGGCUCAGGCAUCCCCAAGCAUCGCGGCCCUCUCGACGCCGACACAAUCGCCCAUUCCCACCAUCGCCGUCCAGCGCGCACCUUCCGAGAGCAUGCCCGCUGUCACCGCGAGCUUGGCGGAUGUGCGCAUGACCGAUGCCCAGCUUCGUCCCGCAUCGGACGCGGCGUCGGCGUCAUCUUCACCAUCGAGCAUCACUUCACAGUCUCCACCGACACAUCCCAGCGCCUCGAACACCUCGUCACCCGCGACGGUUUCGAGUGCUCCCUCGCCACGCCCGCAAGCUAGUGUCAAAGCACCACAGCCCGCAUCAGGUCGCGAAUAUGCCCUGUCGGACUUCCAUGUCAUCGAGACGCUCGGCACGGGCACGUUCGGGCGCGUAUUGCUGGUGCGGCUCAAGCACCGCGACGUAGCGGACCGAAGCGCGUACUUUGCACUCAAGGUGCUUGCCAAGGCGGAUGUGGUGAGGCUCAAGCAGGUGUCGCACAUCAACAGCGAGCGCAGCAUCCUCACCAAGGUGGAGCACCCCUUCCUCGUCAACAUGGUGGCGUCGUUCCAGGACAGCAAGAACUGCUACAUGCUCAUGGAGUACGUUGUUGGCGGCGAGAUCUUUUCGUACCUCCGACGCGCCCGACAGUUCUCCACCGACGUGGCACGCUUCUACGUGUCGACGAUCGUGCUCGCCAUCGAGUACCUGCACAAGCACCGUGUGGUGUAUCGCGAUCUCAAACCCGAGAAUCUGCUCAUCGACGCCAACGGCUACACCAAGAUCACCGACUUUGGCUUUGCCAAGGAGCUCGAAGACCGCACCUGGACGCUGUGUGGCACGCCCGAGUAUCUGGCGCCCGAGAUCAUCCAGUGCAGCGGCCACGGCACUGCCGUCGACUGGUGGUCGCUUGGCGUAUUGCUCUUUGAGAUGCUCGCCGGCUAUCCGCCCUUUUACGACCCGAACCCCAUCCUCAUCUAUGAAAAGAUUCUUGCUGGCAAGUUGGUGUUUCCCGAUCACGUCGACGUGGUCUCGCGCGAUCUCAUCACGAGCCUCUUGACUGCCGACCGCAGUCGACGUCUGGGCAAUCUACGUGGUGGAGCGGACGAUGUCAAGAAGCACCCCUGGUUCUACGGCGUAGACUGGCAGGCGUUGCAGGAGGGCAGGAUCCCUCCUCCCAUCGUCCCCUACCUGGGAGAGCCCGGCGACACGUCCAACUUUAGCAAGUACGAACCAGCCAGGCCCAGCGCCAUGCCCGGUCUCUAUCCAUCCGACCGCGUCUAUCCAGAUCCGCACGGCGCACUCUUCCCGGACUUCUGA